AUGGACAUGGAAAUGAACGGCACACCCUGGCUAGACCAGCCCGUAGCCCUUCACUCGUCGCGCUUCGAUAAUUGCACAUUAUCCGAGGCCCAGUGUCAAUAUCGCAACUAUUCCUGGAGAUACUGGUACGAGGCUGACCACGUCUAUGCGCUCAAUACGGUGUACUUCUUGUGCGCGGUAAUAGGCGUGUUCACGAUAGCCAAUGUGUUAGUUCGGAUCAGCCCUGAUGCAGUUAAGCGGACUCCGCCAUGGCGCAUGUUCACUUCGGUAUCGAGAUAUUUCUCUUACCGGGGACAUCGACUGCCGGCAUUGCGCUACUGGUCGCCUGCCUUGGGAGUGGUGAUCUUAGGGCUGGUGGGCGCUGCGUUCUUUUUCGGGAUGGUACUCGGCCCACAGCCAUAUUACUGGCCCACAGAUGCCUCUUAUGGUGCCAACAUGAUCUCGGGCUUGACGGGAAUUCCCCAUGAAAAGCUUCAGGUCUUCCAUCACUGGACCAGCUAUGCGAUGUUCGUGCUGGCAUUGGUCCACACAUUCCCCUAUAUCAUUUAUCAUAUUUGGAAAGGGGAUAUGAUGCAUCAGUGGAAAACGAGCAUCGCGUACUGGACUGGAAUCGCCUCGCUCGUUUCGCAGACCUAUCUGACGCUCAUGUCGUUGCCUUUUAUUCGGAACCGAUUCUACGAAUUCUUCAAGGCAACCCACAUCUUCGUCGCUGUGGUCUUUGUUGUCUUCUUCUUCCUUCACUGCGAUUUCCGACUUUCUUCAUGGGACUACUUCAUUGCCUCUGGUGCGAUCUACUUCUGUAGCUUGAUAGCCGGCCAUGCACGCACCUACUGGAAGCAUGGCAUGCAUACCGCAUCCCUGGAACUUCUCCCAUGCGGACUUGUCCGGGUAGAGGUUGCCUCCAACAUGAAAUGGACACCGGGCCAGCACGUCUUCGUCCGAUUCCUUACAUCAGAUCUCCACCUUCUAACCGCUCAUCCAUUCACCAUCUCCUCCGCCUGCCACGAAACCUCCAAAUUGGUCUUCUACAUCAAGCCCCGAGGCGGCGUGACCGGCCGACUUCGCGCAAUGGCAGAGAAGAGUCCGGGGUGCAAGAAGCGGAUCCUCAUGGAAGGCCCAUACGGCGGCGUCAGCGAGUCGCACAUGGCUCAAUUCGACACCGUGCUUGUCAUCGCCGGCGGGUCGGGUGGUGGAUUCUCUCUCGCAAUGGUCGACGAAGCACUCCGGGUCACUGGGAUGGCAGACGAGGAAAAGAAAAAGAGGCAGAAUCUCCAAGUUGUCUUCUCUACCCGUGACCACGCCAUGGCGGAUUGGUAUAUCGAGGAGAUUGAGGGGCGAUUGUCCGAGUCGACAACGCUGGCUUCCGAGUCUGGCUUUGAGACUGCCGUUUCAGUCCAUGUCACUGAUCCCCGGAGCUCGGGGUUCUCGUCGGGCUCUGAGGAUGAUGUCAAAGGCACAAAGAGUCCACAGGAGACUACCACAACGGGAACGUUUAGUCUCAACGUGCAUCGGAAUGCACGGCCUGAUCUGCCUGGGCUGGUUGCGAGAACGGUUGCCUUGGCGCAUACGCAAGGGCAGCAUGUGGGAAAGAAGCAGCGGGUUGGGGUGUUGGUGUGUGGACCUGCCUCAAUGCUGCAUGAUACGCGCAAUGCAGCGGCCGUUGCACAGAAUCGAGUGUUUGGAGGUGAGAUUGAAGAGUUAUACCUGCACUCCGAGGCUUUCGCAUGGUGA